CAGCUCUGGAAAUAGAAGUAUGUAAAACAGAGAAGCAAACAGGGUUUUACAGAGAAACUGUGGAUAGAUACAGAGAAUAUAUAUAUACACAAACGCAACAUAUAUAACGCCGGCAGCAACCAAAACGAUUUCAUUUUUGGAAUUUUCGCAGAUUCUGACUCAGACGCUUUGUAUCUGUCUCUCUCUCUCUGUCGCCUGUUCUCUUCCUUCUCUCUCAACUAUUCAGAAUCUUGGGAUUGAGAGAGAGACAGAUAGAGGAUGUCCGGAUGGGGCUCGCAGAAGAGCUUGAGGAAAGCACUUGGAGCCAUUAAGGAUACUACCACUGUCAGUUUAGCUAAAGUUAACAGUGGCUACAAGGAAUUGGACAUUGCCAUUGUUAAGGCAACAAAUCAUGUUGAGCAUCCGGCAAAAGAAAAGUACAUAAGAGCUAUUUUUGCUGCUGUCUCGGCUACAACGCCUCGAGCUGAUGUUGCAUACUGCAUACAGGCUCUUGCAAGACGAUUGUCGAAGACAAAUAAUUGGGCAGUUGCCUUGAAAACUUUGAUUGUUAUACAUCGUGCUUUGAGGGAAGUGGACCCAACAUUCCAGGAAGAACUAAUCAAUUAUGGCAGCAGUAGGAGCCAUAUGCUCAGUUUGGCUCACUUCAAGGAUGAUUCCAGUCCAAAUGCAUGGGAUUACUCUGCUGGGUGCGAGCUUAUGCGUCAUUUUUGGAGGAGAGGCUGGAAUGUUUUCGCAACAAUUUGUUGCUUUUCUUUAUAUCUUCAUGAGUAUGAGAUUAUAUUAUUCUUGUUAAGAAUUCUUAUCUGUUUUGAGGAUGCAUUUUUGCUGUACUUGAAAGGUCAAUAUAUUUACUUUCAACGUCAAACUGGAUAUAACAUCAACAUGCGAAUUGUGGUGCAGAGAACCAGAGAUCUGGACACUCCUGAGUUGCUGGAGCAGCUACCGGCUUUGCAACAGCUUCUAUUUCGUGUUCUUGCCUGUGAGCCACAAGGAGCAGCAGUUCAUAAUUUUGUGAUUCAAUUAGCACUUUCAAUGGUUAGUUUAGUUGCUUUGGAAAGCAUUAAAAUUUAUAAAGCCAUAAGUGAUGGUACAAGUAAUUUGGUUGACAAGUUCUUUGAGAUGCAACGCCAUGAUGCUCUUAAGGCUCUAGAUGUAUACAGAAAGGCUGGGCAGCAGGCCGAGAGACUAUCAGAAUUUUAUGAAAUAUGGAAAAGCCGUGAUGUUGAAGGUGGAGAAAGGUUCAUCAAGCUUGAGCAGCCUCCUGCAUCUUUUCUACAAGCCAUGGAAGAGUAUGUGAGAGAAGCACCUCUAGCUUCCACAGUUCGCAAGGAUUCGUCAAUUGGUGAGAAGCCCCAAGUAAUCUCAGCAAUAGAAUACAAGAAAAUUCCAGAGGUGCAGGAGGCACGCCCAUCAUCCCCACGACCAAUACCAGUACCAGAACCAGUUGAAGUGGAAGCUCCUGUUGCUGAGCCACCUGCUCUGUUGGGCCUGAAUGAUCCUAAUCCUGAUGCUUCAGAGUUAGAUGAAAAAAAUGCCAUGGCUUUGGCUAUUGUACCAGUUGGUGCGACUGACCAAUCAAUGUCUGCUGGUGCAAAUCUUGCAAAUGGAACUACAGGCUGGGAAUUGGCACUUGUUGCUGCUCACAGCUCCAAUGAUGGUGCAACAGCUACUAGCAAACUGGCUGGAGGGCUUGACAAACUUACACUAGACAGCCUAUAUGAUGAUGCAAUCAGAAGAAGCAACCAGAACAUGAGCUACAAUCCAUGGGAGCCAGUCGCGAUGGCUAGUCCCUUGAUGCCACAGACCGCACAUGACCCAUUCUAUGCCUCAAACGCUGUGGCUUCACCUCCUUCGGUACAGAUGGCAGCCAUGGCUCACCAGCAGCAGGCUUUCAUGUUGCAGCAGCAACAGCAACAGCUACGGCAGAUGAUGAUGAUGAGCCCACAACUACAGCCUUCAAAUCCUUUUGGCAGCCCGUAUGGAGCCAAUAUCCAUCCCUAUGGCUUGGGUAUACCUGCUCAAGCCUACAGCCCAUAUACAGGCCUUCAAUAGACACCGCACACAAGAUAACCUCUUGUUUUGUUGGAAAUACAAGGAAGAAGAUUACACAGUUGUAGAUAGUUUCUGUUUUAUAAUAACAGGGAGAUACUUGAAGAUAGGCAGAUGUCCAUCAUACGUGGCGCAAUUGCUGGAGCUUGGACAAAAUCAUUUGUUCAAGAAUUUGCGAGGAAGAAGGCUUUUGAUGGUUGGUUAUGUCCAUCACUGCAGGUGGUAACAAUGUUUUUGAUACUGAAAUCAUUUAAACCCGCUUAUUUGUUCUUAAUGCCAAGCAGUAAUCCUGUUUCCAGUCGAUUUUUUCUCUCAUCAUUUUUUGUUGCAUUGAACCAAGGUUGAAAUAAUGGAAACGAUGUGUAAUCUUUGUGAUUAAUCACACAUCAUAUACCACACAAUCUUUUACACAGUUUGAAGGCAUGGUAUAUCUCAUUCUUAUCACCUUUCUCAAAUCUCUUUUUUUCUUCACCUUUCUAGCUAAGUUCCGAUGCUAGAUAGAAGACAGUCUUGUGAGUAGAAGAUGGUACUGUAUUUAGAUUAGUGUAACCUUUAUUGCUGCUACUCAAAUCAUCUUCAUUGACUUAGAAAAAUGAGAAAAUAUAUCCUAUUCCUAUUCACAUUGUUCUCACUUCUACUAGCAGCAAUUGCCCACUGAAAUGUUGUAGAUUGCAAUAUGUGAGGUGAUUGCUUUUUGGUAAUCAUGAGAGGAAGAAUUGUAGAAGCAAACAUGUGGUUUUGC